CUCUGAUUGGCCGCGGUGGCGCCUCGCCGGCUGGUGGCUAUGAAGGUGGCGCCGGUGGAUGGUUGACCAUUGCCUUUAGGGUCGGGGUCGCUGCGUGUGCGAUCGGCUCACACUGGACUAGAGGGCGCGGACUGCUGCAGCUCAACCUGGAGCCCACCGGCGAGCCCAGGCUCCGCCCGGCCAUGCCCGCCGGGAGCAACGAGCCGGACGGCGUCCUCAGCUAUCAGAGACCAGAUGAGGAAGCUGUGGUGGAUCAGGGUGGGACCAGCACAGUCCUCAACAUCCACUAUGAGAAGGAAGAGUUGGAAGGUCAUAGAACUCUGUAUGUUGGGGUUCGGAUGCCACUGGGCAGGCAGAGCCAUCGACACCACCGCACUCAUGGCCAGAAGCACCGGAGACGAGGAGGGCGGGGCAAAGGAGCCAGCCAGGGUGAAGAGGGCCUGGAAGCCUUGGCCCAUGACACCCCAUCUCAGCGUGUUCAGUUCAUUCUUGGCACUGAGGAAGAUGAAGAGCAUGUGCCUCAUGAGCUGUUCACAGAGCUGGAUGAGAUCUGUCUGAGAGAGGGAGAGGAUGCUGAGUGGAAGGAGACAGCCAGGUGGCUGAAGUUUGAAGAGGAUGUUGAAGAUGGGGGAGAACGCUGGAGCAAGCCUUAUGUGGCAACUCUUUCUUUGCACAGUCUGUUUGAGCUAAGGAGCUGCCUCAUCAACGGCACCGUCCUUCUGGACAUGCGUGCAAGUAGCAUAGAAGAAAUUUCAGACCUGAUACUAGACCAGCAAGAGCUGUUCAGUGACCUGAAUGACAGUAUGAGGGUUAAGGUUCGAGAAGCCCUUCUCAAGAAACACCACCAUCAGAAUGAGAGGCGGAGAAACAACCUCAUCCCCAUUGUCCGCUCCUUUGCUGAGGUUGGCAAGAAGCAAUCCGAACCACAUUCCAUGGAUAAAGAUGGUCAGACUGUUUCUCCUCAGUCUGCUCCAACUACGAAUCUUGAGGUGAAAAAUGGAGUGAAUUGUGAACACAGUCCUGUGGAUCUAAGCAAGGUGGAUCUUCAUUUCAUGAAAAAAAUUCCCACUGGGGCAGAGGCCUCCAAUGUUCUGGUUGGAGAGGUGGACACUCUGGACCGGCCCAUUGUUGCCUUUGUGAGACUCUCCCCAGCUGUGCUCCUCUUAGGCCUGACCGAAGUGCCCAUCCCAACAAGAUUUUUGUUUAUCUUAUUGGGUCCAGUAGGAAAAGGUCAGCAGUACCAUGAGAUUGGCAGAUCCAUGGCCACCAUCAUGACGGAUGAGAUUUUUCAUGAUGUUGCAUAUAAGGCAAAGGAACGAGACGACCUUCUUGCAGGGAUCGAUGAGUUCCUGGACCAGGUGACAGUGCUCCCUCCAGGGGAAUGGGAUCCAUCCAUUAGAAUUGAGCCACCCAAAAAUGUCCCUUCCCAGGAAAAAAGAAAAAUGCCUGGAGUUCCAAAUGGAAACAUUUGCCAUAUAGAACCAGAGCCACAUGGGGGACACAGUGGGCCAGAACUUGAACGGACUGGGCGGCUGUUUGGGGGCUUGGUGCUGGACAUCAAGCGGAAGGCUCCCUGGUACUGGAGUGACUACCGGGACGCACUCAGCUUCCAGUGUCUGGCCUCCUUUCUGUUCCUGUACUGUGCCUGCAUGUCGCCUGUUAUCACCUUUGGGGGACUGCUUGGAGAAGCCACUGAAGGACGUAUAAGUGCAAUUGAAUCCUUGUUUGGAGCAUCCAUGACGGGGAUCGCCUACUCCUUGUUUGCCGGGCAGCCCCUCACCAUCCUGGGGAGCACCGGCCCAGUACUCGUGUUUGAGAAGAUCCUGUUCAAGUUCUGCAAGGACUAUGCCCUCUCAUACCUCUCCCUGCGAGCCUGCAUCGGGCUGUGGACUGCCUUCCUGUGUAUUGUCCUUGUGGCCACUGACGCCAGUUCCCUGGUCUGCUAUAUCACUCGCUUCACUGAAGAAGCAUUCGCCUCCCUGAUUUGCAUUAUUUUUAUCUAUGAAGCAAUAGAAAAGCUGAUUCACCUGGCAGAGACCUACCCCAUCCACAUGCACAGCCAGCUGGACCACCUUAGCCUCUAUUACUGCAGGUGUACACUGCCGGAGAAUCCAAACAACCAUACUUUACAGUACUGGAAGGACCACAACAUUGUGACUACAGAAGUGAACUGGGCGAACCUGACUGUCAGUAAAUGCCAGGAGAUGCAUGGAGAGUUCAUGGGAUCUGCAUGUGGUCAUCAUGGACCCUAUACUCCCGAUGUGCUCUUUUGGUCCUGUAUCCUCUUCUUCUCCACCUUCAUCCUCUCAAGCACCUUAAAGACAUUUAAGACGAGCCGCUAUUUCCCGACCAGAGUGCGCUCCAUGGUGAGUGACUUUGCUGUCUUCCUCACCAUCUUCACAAUGGUGAUCGUUGACUUUUUAAUUGGAGUCCCAUCACCAAAGCUUCAGGUCCCUAGUGUGUUCAAGCCAACACGGGAUGAUCGAGGGUGGUUUAUCAACCCCAUUGGGCCCAAUCCCUGGUGGACUGUGCUAGCAGCAAUUAUCCCAGCUCUCCUGUGUACUAUCUUGAUAUUCAUGGACCAGCAGAUCACCGCUGUCAUCAUUAACAGGAAGGAGCAUAAACUCAAGAAAGGCUGCGGCUACCAUCUGGACCUGCUGAUGGUGGCCAUCAUGCUGGGUGUUUGCUCCAUCAUGGGCCUGCCUUGGUUUGUGGCUGCAACCGUCCUGUCCAUCACACAUGUGAAUAGCCUCAAACUGGAGUCUGAGUGUUCUGCUCCGGGGGAACAGCCUAAGUUCUUGGGCAUCCGAGAGCAGAGAGUUACGGGCCUUAUGAUCUUCGUGCUCAUGGGCUGCUCGGUCUUCAUGACGACUGUCUUAAAGUUCAUCCCGAUGCCGGUGCUCUACGGAGUUUUCCUCUACAUGGGAGUCUCUUCUUUACAGGGAAUCCAGUUCUUUGAUCGUCUGAAGCUCUUUGGGAUGCCUGCCAAACACCAGCCAGAUUUCAUCUACCUUCGGCACGUACCACUGCGCAAAGUGCACCUCUUCACCCUCAUCCAGCUCACCUGCCUUGUCUUGCUGUGGGUUAUCAAGGCAUCACCGGCUGCCAUUGUUUUCCCAAUGAUGGUCCUGGCCUUGGUCUUCGUCAGGAAAGUCAUGGAUCUCUGCUUCUCCAAGCGUGAGCUGAGCUGGCUGGAUGACCUCAUGCCUGAAAGCAAAAAGAAGAAGCUAGAUGACGCCAAGAAGAAGGCUAAGGAGGAGGAGGAGGCUGAGAAGAUGUUGGACAUAGGGGGUGAUAAGUUCCCUCUCGAAAGCAGGAAGUUGCUAAGUAGUCCUGGCAAAAAUAGCAGCUUCAGAUGUGACCCCUCUGAGAUUAAUAUAUCAGAUGAAAUGCCUAAGACCACAGUCUGGAAGGCUCUCAGUAUAAAUUCUGGAAACACAAAGGAAAAAAGCCUCUUCAAUUGAGAGUCUGCUGAGGUGCAAGAUUUGGGCCACGAGGGGCCUCAGAGAAUCUCUGGUUUCAAGAAAAUGGUGAGUCUCUCAGAGAAGAGCCAGGCUGAGUCUGACCCCGCCCUUGGUCAUCUCAAAGCCAUGCCACAUGGAAGCAUUCAGUCACUCUCGGUGUGCGUUUUGGAGGACAUCCAGCUACCUUCAUGCCAGCAGCCAGGUACCAGCAGGGCCAC